AUGGUUCUCUUUAAAUUUGUAGUAGUGUCUGGGGUGUCGGCAUUAGGGUUUUAUUCCUACAAAUCAGUGAACCGAGUAAAUCAGGUUGUUCAGAAGAUAAGAGUUCCUUCCAGUUCCCUUCUAGCCAAACAUAAACCUCAGGAUGGGCGGAAGGAAUACAAAGAUGCGUAUUCAAUAGAACUCCCUCAUAGGUUCAAGCUGAUUCAGGGAACUGGAUCAAGCAAACAGAUUAGUGCGACAGAUGUUGCCCGUGCAUUUUUUACCUGUCAAGUUUUCUCCAGUUUUGAGAAACCGAUGCUAUCCUACCUUCUCAGAACUGAACAAAGAGAUGAGAGACUGUUGAAUUUCAAAGCAUUUAGGUUUAAUGAAGGAGAUGAGGUUCUAUGCUGGACUGUAGUAGAACGUGACCUACAACAAAUAUUGCUCAGAUGGGAAUAUAAAGGACUUAAGGGCACAACAUGGUUCUGUGUUCCAUAUAAAGAAAAUAUUAUUCUUUUCGGAUCCAGCUUUCCGUCCCCGGCCAACCUAGAAUCGGCCAAGAUAGACGAUUUCAUCUAUGAUACUCCUAAAAAGUUAUUUAUCGAUGGAUCCAGGAACCUGCCUCAAGAUGUUCCGUUGAGUGUGAAAAUACGAAACUUUUGGUUGAAGAUAAUUUACAAUAUUUCUGUUCCCGUUCAUGUUUUAUAUUCCAGAUAUUUAUUAGAGUCAACACUUAAAAAAUUGUUGGAUGAUCGGGAUAAAGAUGAAGAUUAAGAAUACUAAAUGAAUAUAUAUAUAUAUUUCAG